AUCGGGGUGACAUCCGUCCUAGCUGCCUCUCUUCUCCUCGACUGUUCUGAGGACUUCCCUGGAUCACAGUUUUGGCCAGAUCCCUUCAGGUCCCAGCCCAGCAUGGCCCCCCCAGGCUACCUCCUGUUCCUGCUUCUGCUCCCAGUGGCUGCAAGUCAGACAUCGGCAGGUUCCUGCUCCGGAUGUGGGACUCUGACUCUGCCACUCCUGGCAGGCCUGGUGGCUGCAGAUGCGGUCAUGUCACUCCUAAUUGUAGGGGUGGUGUUUGUAUGUUUGCGCCCACACGGCAGGCCUGCCCAAGAAGAUGGUAGAGUCUACAUCAACAUGCCUGGCAGAGGCUGACCACGGCACCUUCUGACCCGCUCAUCCUGGAUCCUGUGGGUUUGGGGUGCGUGGGAACGCACUUCUUCAGGACAGGAAUAAAGCGAUUCAAAUA